AUGUUAAAUAAAUUAGAAAGUCAACAUAAUGUUAAUGAAAUGCUUGGACAACUUUCUAGUAUGAAUCCAUUUAUUUUUGCUGCUGCUGCUAUCAACCAAUCAAAUAAUGUUGGUGGUGGAGGAAAUUUAUUACAACAAUUAACUUCACAAAGUAAUGAUAUAACUAAAAUUACAACACCUUUUGGUAAUGGUCUUGUUUCACCACCUAAACAACCAUCUAAUCAGAGUACUCCUGGUACAGGGACUUCACAACAACAACAAACUUUUACAUCAUCAACAUCUCAGGGGCAUCAAGUAAAUGGUAUUUGCCAACAACAAUCAUCAUCAUCUAAUAAUAAUACCACAACAUCAACACCUUCAGGAUCAACAAAUUUUACAUUAUCAGAUAACUUCUGUAUCCAAUCACUCAUAUCAAUAGCCAAAGACAUGAAUAUUGCUUUAACAUAUACCUCCGACAGUACUAACAUUGAUGAAUUUACAUUAAGUUGUAAAGGACCAUUAAAUACACCAAAUUUUCUUAAAAAAUCAGUUGUUUUGAAAGAUUUUCCAGAUGAAAUAAAAAUAUAUGAAAGGACUGGUGAUAUGUUAAGUGAAUCAGAGGCCUGGAGGAAAACAGAAUGGAGUCAAAUGCAAUGGGCCUUAAGAGGUAAAGUACAAAAUAUUCUAUUCAAAUAG